UAAAGGCUCCUCUUCAUAUUUCAAUUAUCGAUUUCACUUCCGUUAUUCACAACAUAUCAUGAUAUGAUCUUGACUACAUCUUGAGAUAAAUGAUAUAUAAAAAAAGAACAACCAUGAAACUCCAGAUAGUUGUAUUCAUCCUGGCUGCCUUCUGCUUCUUGUAUGUUGCAUCACAAUCACCAAAUAAAGUGACAAACAUUGUCCUUAUUGGAGCAACUGGGGACUUAGCAAAGAAAUAUCUCUGGCAAGGACUAUUCAAUCUCUAUUUAGAAAAACAAACAUCAGACCAUCAAUUCAAAAUAUUUGGCGGGGCAAGAGUUGACACAAGGAAAGGAGAAGAACUUAUCAAACAAGUUCUGAAUGAGAAACUGAAAUGCGAAAAUUGUGAUGAUGCCAAGGAAAAAUUUAAGAAAUUAGUCGUUUAUCAACAGUUGAAACGAGAAGACGACUAUGUUAGAUUUUGUUCCAUGAUCAAUGCAAGUUCCACUUCUGUUUGUUCCCAAGACGGUCUCUCUCAAGGCGUCUGCUUCACAGAUUCCUACAUGGAGGAGUCGGGGCGAUUGUUCUAUCUUUCUAUUCCGCCAUUUGCGUAUGCCGAGACGUCAACUUUCAUUGACAAACAUUGUCGGCCGGCGUUGUCUAAAACCUGGCUCCGUGUUGUCCUCGAGAAGCCAUUUGGUAACGACCUUGCUAGUGCCAAGAAAUUGGCGACGGAUCUCCGUUUGUCCCUAAAGGAGGAGGAGAUGUAUAGAAUUGACCACUACCUCGGAAAAACUGUCUCCAUGGAAAUACUCAAAUUCAGAAAAGACAACGAGGACACCCUUGGCCAGAUGUGGGACAGCCACGGAAUUGACAGAGUUGAUAUUGUCAUGUCCGAGACAGUGGAUGUCAAGGGGCGCACCUUGUUCUACAAUGAGUAUGGCGUUAUUCGAGAUGUCAUGCAGAAUCACCUGACAGAACUUCUCGUACUGAUUGCCAUGGACCUCCCGAACAAUCUGAAGAAUGUUACAGAGAUCCAUAGGAAAAAGUUAGAGCUUCUGAAAGAUAUCAAUGUCAUUUCUCCUGGAAAUGUGUUAGUUGGUCAGUAUGAAGGUUAUGCAUCCCAUGUCCGAGAAGAUUAUGAAGACAAAGAAAAGACAAGUAAAAAGUCCACAUAUGCAGCAGCCUUACUUCACGUUUCAAACAAUAGAUGGCAUGGUGUGAACUUUCAUCUCGUAUCGGGAAAGAAACUGAAGCAAAGAGCAAGCUACGUGAAAGUAACUUUCAAAAAUCGCAAGACUUGUUUUGAAGUGAAUGAACGUUGUAACACAGACCCUGGUGUUCUUAUCUUCAACAUCGGACAUGGUGACAUUGGGAGUUCAGCAAUAGCUGUGACCAAAUCCCUACCGACACCAAAUUUGGACUGGUCUGUCAGAAAAGUCGAAAACAGGAUGAUAUUUGGACAAAAAAGCGAAGACUUUUUGGUAUUUAUCCCACCAAAAGACGCCGAUGCCUAUUCUUCUCUGAUAAGUGGUGUCUUUCAUGGGGAUCACAACUUGUUCGUAAGCACGGAGAGUCUAAUGGUGUCAUGGGAAAAAUGGACCCCAGCAGUCCAGUACCUUGACAACAUUGAGCCAAAGGUUUACAAAGGUGGUGACAACCUAAAAGAGUUGAGUUUCAUGAGCAAUGGUAUUGAGCUUCAGUACUUGCAGAGUAAAAGUCUAGAGGACACUACUGGGGGAGUUUCAUUAGGGGUGUUUAGAGAUGCACCAUUGAAUUUAGGUGAAACCUUUCCUCUAGUUGAAAGAUUGACUCAGGAUAUUUUGCAAAGUGCUCAAGAUGCGAUCACUUCAAGGGGUGUUUUCCAUCUUGGUCUAUCGGGAGGUACUACAAUUCCAAAACUUUUCCAAGCAUUGUUGGGUUUGAGACACAACUUCCCCUGGCAGCAGACGCACAUCUGGGUGGUGGAUGAGCGUUGUGUUCCAUUUGAAGACGAAAGGUCUAACUUUGGAAAAAUCCAGGAAAAACUUCUUAAAUUUAUAAGGGUUCCUUUUAUGAAUAUCCAUCCGAUGCCUGUCGAGUUAGUAAAUGGUGUAUGCAGUGACGAAGAUCGAGGGGAUGAAAUCUACGCAGCAAGUAUUAGGCGCCAUGUGAAAAAUUCUCAGUUUGAUUUCUUAGUGCAGGGGGUCGGUGGAGACGGUCGUACUGCAUCGCUAUUUCCACACACCAAAUCUCUCCAAGAGAGUGAAAAAUAUGUCAUUUAUAGCGAUGGUGGUCCAGAAAAAAUAUCAAAAAAAAGAAUGACGUUAACUUUCCCGUUUAUAAACAAAAGUAGGAGAAUAGCAGUUUUGAUUUUAGGGAAAGGCAAAGCUGAUAUAAUGGGUGUCCUCAAGGGUGGAACCAGUGAUGUUCAAUCAUAUCCCAUUACUGGUGUAAAACCUGAAACUGGAGAACUGGCGUGGUUUAUAGAUUUGGAAGCAUUUACGAAUUCCUAAUCACUCGUCAUUCCUAAUCACAUUCCUAAUGUCUCGUCAUCUUGUCCAAGUUAAAGUAUUUAGUUGGUGCGCAGAACUUUCGGUAGGGUUAGGAGAGGAUAUAUUCUACACAUACAGUACAACCUCUCUAUUGCGGACACCCAUGGGACUGGGCCAAGGUGUCCGCAAUAGAGAGGUGUCCGCACUAGAAAGGUUAUGCCAAAUCGUCCGAUAGAUGGAUUUGAAGUUCCCGCCUUGCAGGUCUUGGUUUUCUCUGUGUCGACAUCUAGCGUAGAAACUUUAAACCUGUUGGCUGAUCGGUAUUUGCUUGUGAUGUUGCGUUGAAUGACGUGAGCUACUUUGGAACUCAGAGCGUGAAUAAUCUCUCUAGUAAAAGGUGCCCCUUGUAUUGCAAAAUCAUGUCAUAAUGUGUGAAAAAACACCAUAAUUUCUGUCCAUCAGCCACCUUUGAUUAAUAAUUAAUUUUUUCUAAUUUCUCUACUAACGCAUAUUCGCCGCAUCACUGACAAAACCGCGUGACUAUGAGUGUCCGUUGACACAAUACAUGCAAUAGGCCAUUGUGAUUAGUUGAAAAGAUGAGUAAACAAAUGCCGCGGCUUAAUUAAGAUACAAAAACACAAUGCCAUGGGGUAAUUACGUUGAUUAAUUACGCAAAUAUCACACCUUUCGGGCCAACUUGACUCUC